CUAAUUCUAUCAAAAAGCUCAUUUUCUUUUUUCAUCAUCACCAAAUCAUAAGCGGCUAACAAAUUAGGGUUUCAAGUUUCUUUAUUUUCUGAAUCAGGUUUCGUCUGAUUGAACACAAAGAAGAGAUCGAAAAACUCCAGAUCGAGAUCAAUAUAUUCAUAUACAUAAGAGCGUGAAUGAGAUUAUGAUGGAAUCGAAAGCUGGUAAUAAAAAGUCGUCGUCGUCGUCUAGUAGUUCCUCCUUAUGUUACGAAGCUCCCCUCGGUUACAGCAUUGAAGACGUUCGUCCCUACGGUGGCAUCAAGAAAUUCAAAUCUUCUGUCUACUCCAACUGCGCGAAGAGGCCCUCCUGAGUACCAUUCAGUUCAGACAGUCCUCGUAGUCUAACUUUGCUUUUUCAAUUUCUUUUUACUUUCAGUGGUUCCCAACUCCCCUCGUUCUCCUCCUCUCACAAUGUCACUCUCUGCAAUCGGGUUCGAAGGCUACGAGAAGCGUCUCGAGGUCUCCUUCUUUGAGCCGAGUCUCUUCCUCGACACUCACGGGAAAGGACUCCGCGCCUUGCCC